AUGGGGUCUUUGGAAGCCGCACCUAGGCACAGAGACCCUUUGCCCGCAAUAGGUUUCCUAGGGAAAGACGGACCAAGCUACACCCCCAGAUACCCGUCGAGUGCGACCGCUUCCCCAACUCCACUAAUGAGCCCCAACAUCAUGUAUUCCGGUCAACACAUGCCCUACUCCUACGCGCCGUCGGCAAGCGCACCGCCGCAAGGGUAUGUCUCGCCACCGGAGACCCGUCGCGCCAUUGAAGAAGAAAAAGAAAAGCAUACUCCCAGACAAUCCCUCCCGUCAAUUCACGAGGCUCUCGGCAAUGACAAUCCUCUCCCCUACGCUACACCUACCUCCGCUCCGCCCUCACAAUCCGCACACCCUUCGGCGCCCUCACAUCUCAUCGGACGGCCGAGCACAGAAGGUCCCGCCGGACCACCGAAUCCCUUUUCGAAUGGACCACCGACGGGGUCAUUGAUGCGGGAACCCAGUUACUCCCAUCAAUCCCAGCUGCAGACCGAGGCUGCCCGCUCUCUCACCUCCAUCAACACACAAGGUUCCCACAAUGCGUCACUACAGUCCAUCAACACGGGCAAAUCCCCUACACAGAGCUCCAAAACGGGAAUUACAUCGGUUGGAUCACAAAACUCCGGUUAUGAGUACAGUGCGCCAACGUCCGCUGGUAGCGUGGCUUCGCCCAACGGUUACAGCCAUUUCGCACCAAAUCCCUCCUUCCAAUCCCAGCCUGCAGGCCACGCCUAUCCUGCUCCUUACGGCAGUCGCCCCUAUGCAUCGCGCGUGGAAGAAGUCAAGGGUGGAUUUGUGGGUCGACCAAUUCCUCCCCAUAAUGACUCCGUCAAGCGACAUUUGGAUGUUUUCGAUGUGGAAACAUCUUUGAAUGAGAUCUCUGAUUUGAGUACCCGGACUCUGGAUUUCUCCCGGCACUACGCAGCUCGCGCGCACCAGACGCAGCGAUCCGGGCCGAUACUGGGGUCCCUUCCUUCGCUAAACGAGGUGGAGGAUAUGCUUCAUAUGCAACGGCGGAACCAAGAUGCCUUGAUUCGGAUUCGGACAGCGGUGGUGAACCAGGAACAGGCGCUCGCUGAACAAAUGGCGCAACGAAAAGCGUUCAAGACCGAGGAUGAGCACAUGGCCAUGUACCAAGAAGAGUACAAGGGCACAGGUGGGUUUGCAGGCGCAGACCCAAAAAAGCGGCGUGGAAAAGCUGCCCCUCCUGGUCGUUGCCACAGUUGCAACCGAGCCGAAACACCGGAAUGGCGUCGGGGUCCAGACGGUGCCCGGACGCUGUGUAACGCCUGCGGUUUGCACUACGCCAAGCUGACACGCAAGAUGGGCGCGAAGGCGGCGAGUCUGGGAUCAAACCUCAAGCCCAAGUCGGUACUCGACUCCGCAUCGCCAACCAGUCAUUAA